AUGGAUUUUUUGAAGAUCCCACUAAACAAAAUAAAUGAAGCCACAAAAGAUUUCAGUGAAGAGUGUCGUGUUGGGUCUGGUGGGUAUGGUAAAGUGUACAAAGCAAAACUUGACAUUGUAGAUAUUCAAUGUUUGUCAUCAAUGGAAGGGAAGUGUAAAGAUGAACUACCCAAGAUAAGUAAACGUGUAGCUAUAAAACGCAUUUCAAGUGAAGCACAUGAGUAUGGUAAACAAGGGUUUCUAACUGAAAUUGAAUUGCUUGCUACUUGUAAGCAUCAAAAUAUUGUCUCUCUUCACGGCUAUUCUGAAGAAAAUGAUGAAAUGAUUCUAGUAUAUGAGUUUGUCUCUAAUGGAAGCCUUGCUGAUUAUUUGCUAAACAGUGAUAAAACCCGAGCUAAUCUUACUUGGGCACAAAGACUACAAAUUUGCCUUGAUAUUGCAAAUGGAAUCGAUUACCUUCACACCCACAUUGAAGGAAAACGAAGGAUACUACAUCGAGAUAUAAAAAGUGACAACAUUUUACUAGAUGAAAAUUUGAAUGCAAAGAUUGGUGACUUUGGCCUAUCCAAAUUCCAUCCUAUUAAGCAACAAGCUAGCAGUGUCUACUCAAAAAAUGUUGUAGGCACUGAUUUUUAUACAGAUCCAGAAUAUUUGAAUACAUUUAAGUAUAAAAGGGAAAGUGAUAUCUACUCGUUUGGGCAAAAGUCGAACGGGUAUUGCACCCAUUGCAAGGACAUGCUUCAAAGAGGGAAGAUUAGAGGAACUCAUAGAUCCUAA